CGGGGCUCUUCACCGAGUCCGGCAGCUGAAGCUCCACGCUCGGGUUACCCCUGCAGCGACGCCCCCUGGUCCCGCCGUCGUUGCCACCGCCGCUCCCGCCCCUCAGCUCCUCGGCCGCGCCAUGGGCACCCGCGACGACGAGUACGACUACCUCUUUAAAGUUGUCCUUAUUGGAGAUUCUGGUGUUGGAAAGAGUAACCUCCUGUCUCGAUUUACUCGGAAUGAGUUUAACCUGGAAAGCAAGAGUACCAUUGGAGUAGAGUUUGCCACGAGAAGCAUCCAGGUUGAUGGGAAAACAAUAAAGGCACAGAUCUGGGACACAGCAGGGCAGGAGCGGUACAGGGCUAUAACGUCUGCAUACUAUCGUGGAGCAGUAGGUGCCUUACUGGUUUAUGACAUUGCUAAGCAUCUCACAUAUGAAAAUGUAGAGCGAUGGCUGAAAGAACUGAGAGAUCAUGCUGACAGUAACAUUGUUAUCAUGCUUGUGGGCAAUAAGAGCGAUCUACGUCAUCUCAGGGCAGUUCCAACAGAUGAAGCAAGAGCUUUUGCAGAGAAGAAUGGUUUGUCAUUCAUUGAGACAUCUGCUCUAGAUUCUACAAAUGUUGAAGCUGCUUUUCAGACAAUUCUAACAGAGAUAUACCGCAUUGUUUCUCAGAAGCAAAUGUCAGACAGACGUGAGAAUGACAUGUCUCCAAGCAACAAUGUGGUUCCUAUUCAUGUCCCGCCCACCACUGAGAACAAGCCAAAGGUGCAGUGCUGUCAGAACAUCUAAGGCGUCUCUCUCCCCUAGCAGGCUGUGUAUAGUCCAAUUCCCAGGUCUGAGAUUUAAAUAUAUUUGUAAUUCUGUGGUCACUUUCUGUGUUUUAUUACUUCCGUACACUUAAGAAUCUUCCCAUGUCUUAAGUCUUUUGAUUUGGCUUUAUAAAAUCCUCAACUUUGUCCUGAAUGACUGCAGUUCUUUUUCAUGCUAUGACUUCUCUAGCCUUAGUUUAAUAAACUGAAUGUUUAAAGUCCUCA